UCAAGGGAGCCCACCCAGUUCCCGAGCCUCCCCUCGAGGCCGGAGGCCCCGGUGGAGAAGAGGGUGCCAGCAUGCUGUUCAUGGAGGAGAUGGAUGCUAGGUCUUCUGCCUGUCUUCCCCUUCGCUGCUGCUGUUGCACUGACUCUUCACCACCUAACACCUCCGCCUCGCUCAGUGUUCUUCGUCGGAGGCAGUGUGGAGUUCCCAAACUUGAGCUUCUCCUCAGAACUGGCUGACUCCACCUCCCCUCAGUUCGGCCUGCAGGUUCAGGCUUUGAAGCAUUAUUUUUCAGAACUCUAUGAGUCCACUCCAUGGAGCUCCUUCCACCUGCGCUCAAGAAUUACUGCCUUCAGUGAAGGAUCCGAUGGGCUCAGAGUCUUCUACUGGAGUAAGUUCUCCGCUCCUGGUAACUUUGCCGCAGAAAUCCAGAGGUCCGGCCCGGACAGGCAGCAGCGCAGACUCCCCGGGACCAACAAAGUACAGAGGUACAGCCGCAACGAGCAGCAGUACCUCAUGGAGGACGAUGAUGACGUGCUCUCACUACUGGGUUUGGAAGAUGAGUCAGACGAUAAAUCAGAAAAAAUGAAAAAUCAGAACAGCAUCCAGGGAGGGAAAUGGCAGCUUGGUUUCCAAGCGAUGUCCUUUGACCUCUACGCUAAACUUGGGAACAAUCGUACCCUGAGCCUCGUCAACCCCAAGAAGCCAUACUAUCAGUGGCGCCUCCGUGUGCCGUCGGGUCACAUGGUCCGCCUGGUUGUCCUCACGCUUCAAGGCGCCACACCAGGAAGCUGCAGCACCCACAAGCUCUCUGCCUAUGACUUCCUGCUUCCUCUACAGAACAAGAUCAUUGCCAGGUGGUGUGGACUGCCUCUUUCAGGCUCGCCGCCGGUCAUGAAGCUGAUGUCCUCUGGAAAUGUCAUGUUGGUCACGUUCUCCUUCAGCAGGCAGAGGGAUGGAGCAGUUUUCAAAGCCUACUUCCAGGCUGUCCCCAAAGCAGGCUGUGGAGGAUCAAUUACUUCUUGGAAUGGCUCCAUUUCCUCUCCGUACUAUCCUUCCUACUAUCCUCCAAACAUCGACUGCACAUGGACGCUGCGGGUGCCACUGCCGGGAUAUCUGAUCUCUGUGACAAUCGUGAAGAUAGACAUUCAGGACUCUCCAUCAUCCGACAGCUGUGAGAAAGACUGGCUGGACAUCGGUGGUGUCAAACUGUGCAACCCUGUGUCUGACAGCAGCAAAAAGCGGGUGUACUCCUCCCCUCUUUCCAUCCAAUUUCACUCGGAUGAAUCGCUCACACACAAUGGCUUUUACUUGCUGUACCAAGCAUUCUCUCCAGAGGGCACUUGCCCUCGCCAGUUUCGCUGUGGAGAUGGUCGCUGCAUUCCUCUGAAGAAAGUCUGUGACGGAGUCAAGGACUGCUCAGACGGACGGGACGAGGCGAAAUGCUCGUCCUGCAGGCCGGGGGAAGUUCUGUGCAGCAACGGCCAGUGCAGACCUCAGAGCAGCCAAUGCCUGAGUCAGAGCUCCUGUGCAGACAGCAGCGAAGAGGGAGCCUGCGGAAGUAAAUGUUCCCACGUUUGUCCCAACAAGGUGUGCUUGCCUAAGUCAUCCGUGUGUGACGGCAUCUUUGACUGCAAGGAUCGCAGCGAUGAGCUCAACUGCACCAGAGCCUAUGUGAAGAGCUGCUCCCCCUCCAACUAUAAAUGUGGUAAUGGAAAGUGUGUGAGUAAGGUGAACCCUGAGUGUGAUGGAGUUAAAGACUGCUAUGAUGGCUCUGAUGAGCGGCGCUGUGGAUGUGGCACCAGACCCAAGAAGCGGGCUAAGAUAGUGGGAGGGUCAGAUGCCUUGGUGGGUUCGUGGCCCUGGCAGGUCAGCCUCCAGAUGGAGCGCUACGGUCACGUCUGUGGAGCCACGCUGGUCUCCAACCGCUGGCUCAUCUCUGCAGCCCACUGCUUCCAAGACUCUGAUGCCAUCAAAUACUCCGACCCGCACGCUUGGCGAGCUUACAUGGGGAUGAGAGUGAUGGCGAGGGGGAACCACGGAGCAGCCACCAGGCUGAUCCGAAGAAUCCUCCUCCACCCGCAGUAUGACCAGUUCACAUCCGAUUAUGACAUCGCUCUCCUGGAGCUCAGCGCUCCGGUCUUCUUCAAUGACCUGGUGCAGCCUGUGUGCGUUCCUGCAUCCUCGCACACUUUUACAACCGGAACGAGCUGCUACGUCACAGGCUGGGGGGUUCUCAUGGAGGAUGGUGAAUUAGCUUCUCGGCUACAAGAGGCUUCGGUGAAGAUAAUAAACAGAAACACUUGUAACAAACUCUAUGAUGAUGCUGUAACUCCCAGGAUGAUGUGUGCUGGAAACCUGCAGGGAGGGGUGGAUGCUUGCCAGGGCGACUCAGGAGGUCCGCUGGUGUGUCUGGAGAAAGGCAAACGGUGGUUUUUGGCGGGGAUUGUGAGCUGGGGGGAAGGCUGUGCGCGGCAGAACCGUCCUGGAGUUUAUACACAGGUGGUAAAGUUCACCGACUGGAUCCGGCUGCAGACUAAAGGGCAGGUUUGACACAAAAGCACCAACUUAUGAAGAAAUAAAUGACUGACUUAGCACGAA